CUCGCGAUGAGACCGGCCGACACGCGACAGUGUCGAGCUGCCCCCCCACACACACAAUCACAGCAACACCGACGGCAGCAAUGGCCGCUUUCCGCAGAGCGGCAGCGCUGGCCGGUAAGCUAAACCUCUGGUCUGCGGCGAAAAGCGAGCUGCUCGGGGCUCCGAACAGGAAUGGACGGAGGACUCGGAGGUGUCUGGCAGCCGGGCUGUCCGCCGCAGCGGGAGGUGCCCUGGUUCUGUACUUUUACAACGAAGUGUGGAGCGGCAGGAAGAGGAUGAGGAGACGCAGCAUCAACGGCUUGUCGCUGCCGUCCAUCCCGACCGUCGCAGCUAUAGAGAAGGCACGUCCGUUUGACUUUGAGAAUGGAGAUGUUCACAUGUCAUCCCACGAGCAUCGUUUCCGGAUGUUCAGCUCUGUGGAGUAUGAAGGACAGCUAUACAUGACUCCACAGAACUUCAUCGAGUCUGUUACCAUGAGUGAACCAAGAAACAAGAGGCCAUGGAGGUCCCUGACCAAACAGGAGCUGGAGAAAAUCUUAUCAGAUACUCCUCCUGUAUGGAGAGGAUCCUCCAAACUCUUCCGUAACCUGAGAGAAAGAGGAAUCAUCUCCUACACGGAAUACCUUUUUCUGCUCUGCAUCCUGACAAAACCACAUGCUGGCUUUAAGAUUGCUUUCAAUAUGUUUGAUGCAGACGGCAACCAGAUGGUGGACAAGAGGGAGUUCCUGGUGCUCCAAGAGAUCUUCAGAAAGAAAAAUGAGAAAAGGGGAAGGAAAGGUGACGCAGAAAAGUCAGCUCAGUUGGUGCUAAAAAAAGACAGCCAAGAGUUUGUGGCGCGGAGUUACUGGGACGUUUUGAGGCGAAGCGCCAGUCAAGUCCUCUUUUCUGACCUGGCGGAGGAUUUUACUCUUGAGCGCUCAGACGAGAGCAUCACAAUCGAUACCACGAUACUGGUCCAUUUCUUUGGAAAGAAGGGAAAAGCAGAGCUCACCUUUGAUGAUUUCUACAGGUUUAUGGAUAACCUCCAGACUGAGGUGUUGGAAAUCGAGUUUCUGACCUAUUCCAAAGGAAUGACCACAAUUAGUGAGGAAGACUUUGCCAAAAUCCUGCUGCGCUUUACCAACGUGGAGAACAUCAGCGCCUACAUGGAGAACGUCCGCCAGAGUAUUCCUGAUGAAAAGAAGCAGGAGGGAAUCACCUUCGAUGAGUUUCGCUCAUUCUUCCAGUUUCUCAACAACCUCGAAGACUUUGCCAUCGCCAUGCAGAUGUACAACUUUGCUUCACGCUCCAUCGGACAAGAUGAAUUUGCGAGAGCUGUGUAUGUGGCCACGGGGCUCAAGUUGACACGUCACCUUGUACACACCAUCUUCAAGAUCUUUGACGUUGACCAUGAUGACCAGCUAUCCUACAAGGAGUUCAUUGGCAUCAUGAAGGACAGGCUUCACAGGGGAGGCAGGGGCUAUAAGUCGGUGGAGCGAGCCUCCUCCUUUAGAUCAUGUCUGAAGAAGGAGCUGGCCAGCAGCAGGUGAAGGGCAAACACUAUGCCUCCUUUUCCCGCUGCAUGGGGACUGGGGCCCGGAGACAAGUGUACCAGCUAUGGAGGAAGUACAAGGAGAAGCCUUAGAGGAUGUAAUAAAUCUAAGCUCAGAGUUUUGAUUCAUCAGCAACCUGGUUGAGCAGAUCGGCACUUUCAGAACCAGAUAUAAUCACGAGCAUGACUGCAUUCAUAGGUGUUUUUGUUAAGAAAAUGAGCAAAGUCAUCUCUGACUUUCAUUGUUUUUUUUCCCCUUACAUCAAUUUUCCUCACAUAGAAAUGUAAUGACAAUAAACAUGACAUGCAUUCAAAUUUUUGCUGUUUUCAAAUUAAAAUUAUUUUUUCAAAUUUCUGCACCUUACUUUAGUGACAUUGCAACUUGCUUAUAUUGCUAAUUUCACAACAAUCAAAUAUUGUAUUUAUACUUAACAGCCAGUACAACUGGCAAUUAACUUAAAGAGCACAAUAAUGAAUAAACAAGGUAUAUUGUGACCAUUGUAAUAAGCAUGUAAAAUUUAACAUUUGAAAUUAACAUCUCAAAUGUUUACAGGACUAACAAUGAAGAAGUAAGUAACUGUAUUUCUAAUGUUUUUUUAUCUGUUUCCUGUAUAAUAAUUUUCCGUUAUAAUAAAUAAUUGUUCAAUCUUUUGUUUUCCUUUAAGGGUUUAGUUGGACUUGUAGUAUGCUGGGUUUUGACAGGUGCCUUCUGAACAUUCCUCUUUUCAUCUGAAAAUUAUCUUUAAAAAAAAAAACGUAAACUUAUGGAGUAGUAAUUUUCACUAUUGUGUUAUUUUCUUUUUCCAUCUCCUUUUGUAUAUUCCCUGGAAAGCUACCAAAUAACUGUACUGGACGGAAUGAUAAUGAUUCUCACAUUGGCAAUAGCCAUGUAUUUGUCUGACUCGUGGAUUUUGGUGAAUUAAUUUUCACGCAUGAAUAAAGGUUUUGACGAGAA